AAUUGUCAAAUUUUUAACUCAUAAUUAAUUACACAGUAAAUCAACAAACACGCAGUUGAAUUUAUUUAUCUUUUCAUAAUAAAUAUUCUCAAGAUUAAUAAAUUUCUUUAUUUGUCAGUUUUAAUACAGUAGUUGGGUGCAAAAUUACUGAUCUGGCUUUGAUUUGGUUGGCCCAUUCCGUCUCAACUUUAAACCUCACCAAUGGCAAUUCCGUAAUUUCAGGACGUAAUAAAACGACAACGUGCGCGUCAUUCACAGAAUCCUCCCGUACGUGGCGAAUCCACCCCAACUCCGAACACCUUUCAGUGUGCAAUUCCAAUCCUGCCCCUCCCAGUCCACCCUCCUCUCCUGCUUUCCCCCCACUGAUCUCAGAUUUCGCUCCCUUCGUCUUCCUGCAUUCAGACUUUUUCAGAGGAGAUCAUCAUUCAUCGAUCAUUCCACUCAUCAUCAAAACCCUAAUCGCAAUCUCUGAGUUUCCUUCCCUCUUGAAUCUUGUGUUCUCACAGCAAUGUCUGGCCUGUACAGAGGUUUUGAGUUUUUCGAACCUCCUCCCUCCAUCACAGAGACCUCCAUUUUCAGACCUCAAACUCUGGAUUUCCCCUUCUUCUCCGAAGAGCACGAGCUCGCUCUCGACCUCUUCAAUCCCAUCUCCAGCUACAACGUCUUUAAUGUCCCUCUGCAUUGCCCUUUCGAUGCGUUCGAGACCGUCACGGAUUCGAUCCACAUCGAGAAUAAUCCAUUUUCGUCGCCCCACCGGAGGAUCCAGCGCCGGUCCCGGUCGGACUUGUGUUACGGGAGCAUCUGCGAUCGGCUUUCCGGCUUGGAACUAGGGUUUGACAGGGUCGUUGGCGCGAAACAAGGAGAACGGAAGUACACGUGGACGGUGGAUAUUAAGAGUCCCGAGAAGAGGGGUGGCGGGGACCGGAAAUAUAAAUGGACGGCUGUGAUUGAGAGUCCGGAGAAGGACGGGGCGGACCGGAAGUAUAAGUGGACGGCGGAGAUUAAGGGGGGCAAAAAGGAUGGUGGGCAGGUGAAGAAGGAGAGUAAGGGCAAAUGGACUUCUGAGAUCAAAGGAAAGGAGAAGGGUUUCGCGAUCAAGGACUCGGCUAAUGCAGGUGCUCCGUGUGGUGGCGGAGCACUGAAGCUUGACAAGAAGAAGGGAUCGUGUGCCACGCGUGCGGUCGAGAUUGAAGAGUCGGGCGAUCAUAGGGCUGCCGCUGUAAGACAGGCUUUGGCCAAGAGAAGAGUGAUUGCCAAGGUUAAGGGGAAGAGGAAGGUGUUGUCCCCACAAGAUGCAGCGAUGAUGAUUCAGAUGAACUUCAGAGGUCAUCUCAUCCGCCGUUCGCAGGCUCUCUGGUCACUCCGAGAGUUGGCGGUGGCCAAGGCCAAGUUGAAGGAGAUCCGCGCAUUGUUUAACAACUUCUCCUACCGCCACCGCAUAGCCCGGGAUGCAGAGGAGCGUCAGAGGUUCUCUGAGAGGAUCAUUGUAGUCCUUCUCACAGUUGAUGCUAUCCAGGGUAUCGAUCUCAUGGUUAGAGCUUCGAGGAGAUCAAUGUUGGAUGAACUGGAGGCAAUGCUUGAUGCAGUUGACCCCCAGCCUGCUGGCAAACUGGGUGCCAUGAGGAGGAGGAAAUUUGAUCUGCCUGGGUCUGGCUUCCAAAAGGAUAUGGCAGCAGGUGUGGCUGAGGUUGUCCACAUGCUUGAUCAAGAUGAGAAGUAUGACAAUGAUACCUUUGAAGCUUGUUUGUGAACUGUGAGUCUAAGCCUACUGAGCAAGAGCUUGGCAGACACCCUUCUAGUUUAGUUCUUUGUUUCAAAUAGACAACUUUGAUACUUCGACAACAUUUUGAGAAUUGGCUUAUGUUUGAGGUUUCUCAUGUUGUGUUUGAAUUCUGACUUUUUUCGACUCUAGCACUUCCUAUAAAUUAUAAAUGAACCUUGAUGGUGCUUUUGAUGUCUA